GUUCAGGCUAAAAACAACUUUUUCGGUUUACGAAAAAUUCAAAUUCAUUUUUUUUUAAAUUUUCAAAAUUAUGGAGACCUACGGCAUGGCAGCACCCGACAAUGACAUACUCCGGAAUUUCGUGCAGUGUUACCAACAGUAUGUCGCCCAGACUGGUUACAGAUGUGAGCGACCAGAGGACGGGGAUCAGAUGAGGUCAUACUCUGGCGACUGUGUCAGUUACGGUAGACACGAUUGGUAUCCUCAAAGGCCUAGGAACUAUCACGAUGACGAUGAUUCCAAUCCCUAUAGAGGCGCUGGCUAUCGCUCCCCUAUGAGACACGGCAUGGAGAAUCGACGAUACGAUUCACGAAACGGAUUGUAUUCUCCCUCGGAAAUGCGCCGGGGUGGUGGUGAUAACUACAAUUCCCUACCAGCAGGUGUCGGUAAUUAUGAGCGCCCCAGUUGGCACCAUACUCGCCGAAAUCGUUGGUUCUAGAUUUUUUUUAAUUGAGAAAUUUUGUAGCAAUCGGAUUAAAAAUCAAUCGCUGCCGGGAGUUACGAGCAUCCGAUGUUAUACCCACGCACUCCCAAAUCGUUGGAUCUUAAUGUUGAUUGUUCUCUUUUUUUUUGGCAAAUUAAAUUCAAGUGUAUUUGUAGAUGAAAAAAAUAAAUGACCUCAUUGAGGUCUGAAACGCUGGUUCGGAAGUUUUCGACCAGCUGUUAACCUAAA